AGAUGAACUGAAAAGAUCCACACCAUGGAAUCUUCAAUCUUAGGGAUCACAUUCUGUUUGAUCUUCUAUCUUGGAGCAGUUUGGGGGAUUGGAGUAGACCCCUCCUUGAAAAUCGACUUCUUGACCGCUUUAGAGCUGGGGGAGUCCACGGCCGGAGUGCUCCAGGUUCCGGGGCUGCACAAUGGAAGCAAAGCCUUUCUUUUUCAAGAUACAUCAAGGAGUGUAAAAGCAUCCAUUGCUACAGCUGAACAGUUUUUUCAGAAGUUAAGAAAUAAACAUGAAUUUACCGUUUUGGUGACUUUAAAACAAAUUCAGUUAAAUUCAGGUGUUAUUCUAUCUAUUCAUCACUUAGAUAAAAGAUACCUGGAACUGGAAAGUAGCGGUCAUCGAAAUGAAAUCAGGUUGCAUUAUCAUUCAAGCAGUCAGCAAACACAAACUGAAGUGUUUCCUUAUAUUUUGGCUGAUGAUAAGUGGCAUAGACUCUCCUUAGCCAUUAGUGCCUCACAUUUGAUUUUACAUGUGGAUUGCAAUAAAAUUUAUGAAAGAGUGGUAGAAAGACCCUCCAUGAAUUUGCCUCUAGGCACAACAUUUUGGCUAGGACAAAGGAAUGAUGCGCAUGGAUACUUUAAGGGAAUAAUGCAAGAUGUGCAAUUACUUGUCAUGCCCCAAGGAUUUAUUACUCAGUGUCCAGAUCUUAAUCGCACAUGUCCAACUUGUAAUGACUUCCAUGGGCUUGUACAGAAAAUAAUGGAGCUGCAAGACAUUUUGGCUAAAACAUCAGCUAAGCUAUCCCAUGCUGAGCAGAGGAUGAAUAAAUUGGAUCACUGCUAUUGUGAAAAGACCUGUACUAUGAAGGGUACAACCUACCAAGAAUCUGAAUCCUGGACGGAUGGCUGUAAGAACUGCACAUGCAUGAAUGGCACCAUCCAGUGUGAAGCACUGGCCUGUUCAUUUCCUGAUUGUCCAUCUAAGUCUGCCCUUGCGUAUGUGGAUGGCAAAUGCUGUAAGGAAUGCAAAUCAAUAUGCCAUUUUCAAGGAAGAACUUACUUUGAAGGAGAGAAAAAAACGAUCUAUUCCUCUUCUGGAGUUUGUGUUCUCUAUGAAUGCAAGGACCAAACAAUGAAAUUUGUUGAGAAUGCAGUUUGCCAGCCUUUGAAUUGUCCAGAUUCCCAUCAUAUUACUUUACCUCAUAGCUGCUGCAAAGUUUGCAAAGGCCAUGAUUUUUGCUCUGUGAGACAUAACUGCAUGGAGAAUUCAAUCUGCCAGAAUCUAAAUGACAGGGCAGUAUGUAUUUGUCAAGAUGGCUUUCGGGCCCUUCGAGAAGACAAUGCCUAUUGUGAAGACAUUGAUGAAUGUGCAGAAGGACAGCAUUACUGCCAAGAGAACACCAUCUGUGUGAACAUACCAGGUUCUUUCAUGUGUAUCUGCAAAACAGGAUACUUGAGAAUUGAUGAUUAUUCAUGUACAGAGCAUGAUGAAUGUAUCACAAAUCAGCACAGCUGUGACAAAAAUGCAAUAUGCUUCAACACUGUUGGAGGGCAUAAUUGUGUCUGUAACCCUGGCUAUAUAGGAAAUGGAACCACAUGUAAAGCAUUUUGCAAAGAUGGCUGUAGAAAUGGAGGAACCUGUAUUGCUUCCAAUGUAUGUGCCUGUCCAUCAGGUUUCACAGGACAUAGCUGUGAAACAGACAUUGAUGAAUGCUCAGAAGGUUUUGUGCAGUGUGAUAAUCGUGCUAACUGCAUUAAUCUGCCUGGUUGGUAUCAUUGUGAGUGCAGAGAUGGCUACCAUGACAAUGGAAUGUUUUCACCAAAUGGAGAAUCAUGUGAAGACAUUGAUGAAUGUGGUACUGGGAGACACAGCUGUGCCAAUGAUACUAUUUGCUUUAACCUGGAUGGUGGUUAUGAUUGCCGGUGCCCUCAUGGAAAAAACUGCACAGGGGAUUGUAUUCACAAUGAAAAAGUUAAACACAGUGGUCAGAUUUGGGUGUUAGAUAAUGACCGAUGUUCCGUGUGUUCAUGUCAGAAUGGAUUUGUCAUGUGUCGUCGGAUGGUCUGUGACUGUGAGAAUCCUACCGUUGAUCUCUUUUGCUGCCCAGAAUGUGACCUCAGGGUCACCAGUCAAUGUCUCCACCAAAAUGGGGAAAUUUUGUACAAUAGUGGGGACACUUGGGUGCAGAAUUGCCAACAGUGCCGAUGUUUGCAGGGGGAAGUAGAUUGCUGGCCUCUGCCUUGCCCAGAUUUAGAGUGUGAAUUCAGCAUGGUUCCAGAGAAUGAAUGCUGUCCACUCUGUGUCACUGACCCUUGCCAGGCUGAUACCAUACGCAAUAACAUUAUGAAGACUUGCCUGGAUGAAAUGCAUGUGGUUCGUUUCACUGGAUCUUCUUGGAUUAAGCAUGGUACUGAGUGCACCCUCUGCCAAUGCAAGAACGGUCAUAUCUGUUGUACAGUGGAUCUACAGUGCCUUCAAGAACUAUGA